CCGUUGUCGGGUGUGGACGUGUGAGCUCUUGCCUCCUGACGCUACCCAUCAUAUCGCCCCUUCACCGGUCUUAUACUCAUCGCUACGGCCAUCCAGGAAGGGCAUAUAAAGCCUUCUACCUGUCCCCUCGUUGAGUAGUGGAAAGCCAGUGCGAAAGAAUUGAGUUAAAAGGCCCUGAAGUGUGCUUGUGCAUGACAGAAAGAGAUUCCCCAUAAAAACAAAGGAAGAGCCAUUUAUCACAGGGAACGAAAAAGCCGCACAGUGUGUUUACCUGAAUUACAACAGUGAAAUUAGAGAAUAAUAAUAAUACAAAAGGCUUUAAAUAACAUCUACGGCGGGGGGUUACACCUGGAUAAAAUAGCCUGCCUGUCUGUCUGUGCGCCCAAAGAUUUGAUAAUAAUCCGGAUUUGUGAAGUCUGUCGCGAACUUACGAAUCCGACUUGACCCAAACCAAAACAAACAUGAUACGAUGCGUAGAGUAGGGCGUCGCCACCUGUCAACAGUACCGCUACGCCGACCGUCUGCUGGUGCUGCCGGGACAAAAUGACCUGCUAACUGGCCCAGCUACACGCCACUUAACUACAGGAACUGGAAGGCGAGGCAAGCGACUUUAACCUUUAAGUAGCGAGUCGUGAUGGCGCUGCUCCACCGCUUCGUGAAGUUGAAUGACCGGGGCAACACCCACGUGUUCUCCUUCGUGGUGACGAGGAGCGUGACGCGCGACCUGCACCGUGAUGUCACCAGUAAGGAACUCACCUACGGGUACCAGCGAUGGGCCAUCACUUUCUCUCGCUCGGAGAAGGUCCUGGGCGUGUACCUGGUGUGGAGGAACCCCUGCGAGGGCAUGAGGGUGUACAUAGACUUCACCUUCACCCUCCUUAACCGUGAACACUUCAGCGUGAAUGAGGCCUUCACGGGGAAACAGGUCAAGUUCACCUUCGACUCCCCAGCACAAGGCAACCGUCGACUGAUCAACAUGGAGGAUCUUUAUUCUCGUAAUUUCACAGACGAGAAUGGCGAAUUCCAGCUGGAACUGACGGUGGCCAACAUCAGGACGGUGUUCGAGGCGGAACUCCGCGUCCCUCCGCCGAUUAACGGAGGCGUGUCGGGCCGGAAGGACAAGAAAUACGAGUCGCCGUACUUUCACUUCGGUCACUACGACUGGCAUGUCUCCGUCAGCUCCUCCACCGGGAUGGAGGGACGACCCACGGUACAGCUGAGGCGCCUGACGGGCUUUGACCACCAGUGCCGCGUCAGGUACCUGAUGGUCAUUGGUGAGGGGAAAGACGCGCGGACUCAGGCAUCCUGGACCAGCUGAGCGACCGCGAGGGGCGCACGCCAGGGUGGACACCGGCCCGCACACGCCUCCACGACCUGGUUCACAAGGGUGUGUUGAGGCUGUACCUGGAGAUGAUCCUGGCCAACACGACGAGCGAGGUGCGGCUCCUGCCCUUCCCUCAACACCCCCGUCACCUCCGUCCUCUGCUACGACAGAGACAAGCAGGCUUGGGCCCUCGAGCCUGACCUACACUCUGACAUGCUCCGGCUUAAGCUGGUCUUCAACGAUGUCCACAAUGUUCCCAGGAACCACCUCAGAUACGUGUGUUGGAAUGCGUAUCUGUUGCGUAGAGCCUCACGCGGCUACGUGGAGUCAGUGUGUCUUACCAACGGCCCCUUCAGUAACUACUACGCCCAGGAGAGCACCGACGAUGGCCUGAUGAUGGAGAGUGAAGUGCCCGUCAAGGAGAUCAAGGAUGGAGGAAGCGCCUACAUAGAUGACAGGAAGGAAUUAACAGUGCAGAUAGAGUGGGUUGAGUCUCUCUUGCUCUUCCAGGCGACCUACCACAAGUACGAUGACGUCACCAGGAUGCACAACUAUCAGAUGAGGCGAGAGAUCGGGGCCCUGGAGGCUGAGAACUUCAGCCUGGAGCGACAACUCUUCAGUUACCAGAAGUCGAUCGCAUACGCCCACUCUCGAGGCGCUUACGUCGACGACCCCGCCGAAGAGGCUGGCGAAUACACACACGAGGGCUACGCCAAUGGCAAGCGGGACUACCACACCGCGGACUACACCACCAGGGACUAUGACUACACCUACACCGCCCUGCCAGAUAGGGCAUUCUCAACUGACACAGACUACGCGUGAAGGACUACCCGGAGCAAUGGAUUUUGACACAAUCGAAUAAUUGAGAAAAUGUGAAGGAUUUGUCGAAGGACGUGUAAGAAGGAUCUCCAGUAAGGGUGAAGAAGCAGUGCAUGUGAGGAAUCCUUCGGAGGAUGAAUGAUAAAGACAGUGAACACAAGUGUGUGAUAAGGAUGUACAAUAAGUUAAAAAAAACGAAGAACUCACUGAGAUCUCCCCUUUUGGGAUGAAAGUUGAAUCAACAUACAGUGGACGAUAAUGAUGAUGACGAUAAUGAUGAAGAUGAUGAUGACACAACGUGCGCGUCAUUACACAAAGGCGUGUGAGUGAAGUAUGUUUAAGAAGGAGCCGAAAACUAAUAGAACUUCCGUAAAUAAGAACUGAAAAGAAAAUACGACACAAAGUUAUCAAAAGAAACUUGAAGAUGGUCUUGUGUGUAAAACGGCGAUCCAAUUAUUAGCCGUCUGUCCGGAAGCCUCAGCCCCUCCUCUCGACAAAGCUGGAGGAACGUGUAAGAUGGAUGUCUCAAAAGGUUCACAAAAUGAGAGCGGAUAUUUUUUCUUAUGUCUCAAAAGCUUGUUGUACUGUAUGUUGGGAUGUUCCGGGCCCUCUGGGUGACCUCCGUCGAGUGGCAGCAGUCAAGGAGGAGGAGAGGGGCGCCUCGUGACGUUGUUUUCACAAGGUGUAAGAGGAUGACUGCAGGCUUUUGUCGCCUGUUCUUCAGUACAAGGAUCUCUGUGUAAGCCUAGUCUUUUGGUGAGGCGCCGGGUGGUGGUGAUCACCUGCUCACCAACACAGCACCAUGUUUAUCUUGGUGUUCACUAGGCAGUUGUCUCACACAGAGUUACUUCACUUGGUGAUUCCAGUUUUCGUGGUGAUGUUUUCCUCUCCAGCGCCCACGUAGUCGGGCGGCAGGGGAUAGGCAGAGGAGAAGAGCGACACUACUGACCAAUCAACAUCGCCCUCUACCAUGACGUCACACCGCUUUAGUGUUGAUAGGAUGACGUCACUCCAAUAGUAGAUAGCCAAUGUUCCAGUUACUGUCGACACAUUGCGUUCUUAGCAAAUAUUUGGUAGCGUUCUCUUAGGAUUUCCUUUACUGCCCAAAUAGAACCCCAGACAGGGGUACAGCCGUAGUGAUGCGUCUCUUAGGUCUAUUUCUUGUACGUAGAAGUUAUUCCUUUUGAAAUAAGAUUAGCAGUACUGUCAUCCCUUAGCAACAGCUUCUUCAUCUAAUUUGUAAGUCUUUUAAAAAUAAUUGUAGUUUUAACAUA